GCUCAAGUUCAUUCCAGUCUAUUCGAAAUAUUCAGCUAACGUCAAUCUAUUGACUUUUAUAUGUACAUACAUAUAAAUAUAUUGAAUAUUUUAAACUUAUCAUCUCCAAUAUCAAUUAAUAAAGUGAUUAAUUAAUGUUUUGCGCUUCACCAUUCAAUAUAGUUUAUAUAUUAUAAUUGUUUUUUUUUGUUUGAUUUAAAAAGAUUUAUGCAUCAAAUUAUCUGUUAUUUUUCUAUUGAUGACAUAACUUGAAUAACUAAUCAUAUUUCAAUUGCAAAAUUUAAGAAAAAAAAGAAAGAAAAAUGAAUAUUUUAGAACCAGAAUUAGUUUGGGUUGAUGGUCGUUGCUACAGAUUUUUUGAUAGCAAUGUAUGGUCUUCAGAAGAAACUUUUUCUCCAUAUUUCGAAGAAUACAAUCAAAAAGACGAUGAUAUUGCCAAUGAAACUAUGGAUCUUAAUGUAAUACAAAUUGAUAAAACAAAUGAUGGAAAAUACAAACAUUGUGUGCUUGUUCCGAAAUUAUUACAUAGAUUUAUCAUAGGAUUUGAAGGUGGAAUAAAAAGGAAGUUGGAAUCUGAAACACAUACAGUUAUAAAGAUACCAAAGAUAGAUGUGAAUGAUCAAAUUGUUGAGAUUAUUGGAUCAAAUAAGUCUGAAGUAAUAUCAUGUCGACAAAGAAUAGAUCUUUUAAUAGAAUCUUCUAAAGACAAAGUACCUUUUACACAUUUUUUGGCCAUUCCACUAAAUGAUGAAGAGAUAAUAAACAAUUUUAACAAGUUUAAAGAAGAAAUUUUGAAUAAUCCUGAAAUUUCUCAAAAUAUUCAGGAAGAUUAUUUUGUAUCAGCGCAGAAACUACAUUUAACAAUAGGAAUGUUAAAAUUAUUAGACGAUAAAGAUAAAUGUAAAGCUAUAGAUACAUUAAAUGGUUGUGUGGAAGAAGUAAUCAAACCUUUACUAAAUAAACAUAAAAUGAUCCAAAUAGUAAUUCAAGGUUUGGAAAUCAUGAAUGAUGAUCCAACAAAAAUUAGAGUUCUUUACGCGGAAGUUGUGAAUAAUGAUAAACUUCAAGAACUGGUAGAUAAAAUAUUCGAAUAUUUUGUCGAUAAAGGUAUUAUGAGUGUUCAGUAUACUAAUAAAGUUAAAUUGCAUAUGACAUUAAUGAAAACAAGUCGUUUAAACAAAAGAUAUAAAGGUCAUUCAAGAACUAGCACCUUUAGCGGAGCAAAAAUAAUAACGAAAUAUAAGAAUUAUUACUUCGGUCAAUCACAGUUAAAAACAAUUAAUAUUGCAGAAAGAACAGAAGUGGAAAUAAAAAAUGCAUUUUAUAAUAAGCUAGUUGAUAUAAAUUUGUAUAAUUGAUAUUGUUCAGCGGUAAAUAAAGUUAUUUACAUUUCA